AUGGAGAAUAUCCUGGGCAGCCACCCGCAAGUUCGAUUGUCUGCGGAUGCGGUAAAAUUGACCGCUGGUUUGAACUUGGCUGACCCUAAAUUUGACCUACCUGGCACGGUAGAUUUGUUGCUUGGUGCUGAUGUUCUGGGCAAAAUAUUACUUGGUAAGGAUCGUGUUUUGCAGCCAGGUGGCCUAGUGGCCCUCCGGACCAUUUUUGGGUUCGCAUUGAUGGGGCCUGUAUUGAGGGCUCCCCCCCCUGCCGAACUUGGAACGGCCUUAAUGGUGGGCUCCGCCCUUUCUGACGCCGUGCAGAGAUUUUGGGAAGUGGAAGAGCCACCACAAGCGCCACGCUCUGAUCCGGAAGAUGAGGAUUGUGAACGGUUCUAUAAUAAUAACACCACUUACCUCCGUUCUGGCCGGAUCAUGACAAGAUUGCCAUUUCUCACCGUACGUCCGCCCCUUGGUGACUCGCGGCUUACUGCAGAGAAGCGUUUGCUGGCAAUGGAGCGCCGCAUGAGCAGGGACCCGCUACUCAAGGAGAAAUAUAUUGACUUCAUGCGGGAGUAUGAGGAUUUGGGACCCAUGUCCGUGUCAAAGGUUGACUGGAGCUCUACGGAGCAUUUUUUCCUCCCGCAUCAUGCGGUAAUAAAGCCAUCAAGUGGCAAGCUGCGCACAGUAUUUGAUGGUUCUGCGCAGACCACAUCGGGAGUGUCCUUGAACCAGUGUCUUCAUUCUGGUCCCAAAUUGCUUAAGGACCUUUGUGACGUCAUCACGCGGUUUCGGCGUCAUCAAUUCGUUUUUGUGACUGACAUCAAGAUGAUGUUCAGGCAAACGGUAAUUCACCCUGAUGAUCGACGAUAUCAGUUGAUAUUGUGGCGGGAAAACCCGAAAGAUCCCAUGCUUGUUUACGAGCUCAACACGAACACAUACGGGCUACGGUCUAGCCCCUUUUUGGCCAUCCGCUCGCUUUGGGAGCUCGCGGAUCGAGAGCGUAUGUCGUUUCCUCGCGCAGCCGCCAUUUUGAAGGAGGACCUGUAUGUUGAUGACAUAUGCACUGGCGCGUCCACGGAGAGAGAGGCUCUCCUUUUGCGUGACGAGUUGAUUGGAAUACUAGCCUCCGCAGGAUAUGAGUUGCGUAAAUGGAUCUCCAACUUGCCUGCGCUCUUGGAUGGGCUACCGGAUGACCACCAGCAAGAUCCUCACCUCUUUGAGAAUCGUGACAACCCUGCCAUGAUGACAGUACUUGGAAUCCAGUACAGACCAGUCCAGGACAUCUUCACAUUUAACGUGGACUUGGAUUCGCCUCAUAUUUGGACGAAACGACUGGUUCUGUCGACUGUCGCGAGAACGUUUGAUCCCAAUGGCUGGAUAUGCCCGGUCAUAUUCUGGGCCAAAUGCUUCCUGCAGAGACUUUGGACUGCAGGUCUCGGAUGGGACGAGCCACUCCGAGAAGCUAUUUUGGAGGACUGGCUCCUAUUUGCUUCCUCAUUGCCUGCCAUCAAUAGGAUAUCGCUACCCCGUGCUAUGCUUCCUCCAGGGAAGUAUACAGCGUCCCUUCAUGGGUUUUCGGACGCUUCGGAACGAGGGUACGCAGCAGCCGUAUAUUUGCGCACCGUGACCAUAGAUGGUCAGGUGAAGGUGUCGUUAGUCAUGGCAAAGAGCAAGGUCGCCCCUCUUCGAACUGCGUUGACAAUUCCUAAGUUAGAAUUGUCGGGAGCGGCCCUUCUUGCUCGCCUCUUGAACCAUGUCAUGUCUACCUUGCGCCCGUCAGUUAACAUUACCACAGUCUAUGCAUGGACUGACAGUCAAAUUGUUCUGUGUUGGCUGAAGACGUCGGUCCACACCUUAGAGGUGUUUGUAGCAAAUCGUGUCUCUCAGAUCCAGAAAUCGGAGACCCCGUUGAUUUGGAGGCAUGUGCCUGGUGAAGUCAACCCUGCUGAUUGUGCGUCACGGGGAUGCAUGGCCCCUUUGUUGGUUGAGCACUCUUUGUGGUGGGGACCUGAUUGGUUGACUAGGUCAGAACCUAAUUGGCCACAAACACCGGCCUUGGAUGAUGUCGCGUUGCCUGGGCUGCGAACGCUUGCGAUUGAACGGCAGGACCGUCCGUUCGACCCAGAUUUUUUAAUGAAUCGCUACAGCUCAUUGGAUAAAUUGCUGAGUGUCACCGCUUGGAUCAAGCGCUUCAUCAGAAAUUGUAGACACCCACGGGACAAACGUUUGGAGGCGUUCUUAUCGCCGCGAGAGCUCCAGGAUGCUCUUCUUCAUUGGGUUCGUUCUGUACAAGAAGCACACUUUGAGAACGAGAUUGACAUCUUGAGGAGGGGCAAAUCCAAGUUGUCUGGAGCCAUUUGUAAACUGAACCCCUUCUUGGACAGUGAGGGUCUUUUACGUGUCGGAGGGCGUCUUAGGAACGCAAACCUCCCUUAUGGAGCUCGUCACCCCCUCCUGUUGCCCAAAAGUGGCCAUUUGCAGCGCGUUAAGUGGACUGAAAAGACUGAUCCACCUCAUGUUGGUGACCUCGUUCUGGUUAAGGACGCUAACUCACCGCCACUGUGUUGGCGCAGAGGGCGCAUUCUUAACCUUGUCUUUGGAGCAGAUGGAGUGCCCCGUUUUGCUGAGGUCCGUGUGGACGGUUCUCUUCUGAAGAGAGCGGUAUCAACCUUGUCACGACUGCCAGUAAAU